UUCCCAUAGAUGUGGAUAUGGUUGAUGGAUACGAUAGCAAUACAAUGAAGAUAAUAGGUAACUACUUCUGGGUUCUGCUGUGCAAGUACUGGAUCUUUGUGUGCAUGGGGAUGUUGCUGUUAAUAUCGAUACAGAGCGUUGUCAUCUACAGAAUCAUCUACAUGAUUUUCUUUCUCCUCUUUGUCAUCACCUUCCAGCUUUCUUACACAUUGUGGAGAGUGACAAUGUUCCUGUUUUGGUGGGUUGUCAUAAUCUACUCCAUGUUCGUCCUCAUCAUCAUCUACACCUACCAGUUCCACCAGUUUCCAAACUACUGGCACACGACAACUGGUUGGGACAAUGAGACUCUGAAGGAUAUUGGUCUGGAGCAGUAUGGCAUCAGGGGGCUGUUUCUAAGGCUGCUGACGCCCACAAGUUUCCUCAUCGUCGUCAUCAUCCAGGUGCACUACUUCCACACACCAUUCCUCAAGAUGAGUGCCCUUGACAGAUACAGGAAUGAAGAUGCAGUGGACAAUGGCCACACUGAUUACACAACUGAUGAAACAGGAGCAACCACCACUGACACCGAGGGUGAACUCCAGCGCCGAACAAGACGUUGGCGUAGAUGGAUCACGUUCUUGUUCUUCAAGAUAUGGCACAAAUCCAGCAGAUACUGGGAAACAGCGUCUACGUUUCUGUGGCGACUCACUGAAAUCCAUUUCUUCAAAGUGGUUGCUUUUAUCAUCUUACUUGUAGCUGUUGAAGAGGUGUCUGCUAUCAGCGCUGUGUAUGUGAUUCUGAUCGGUGUAAUACUGCCGAUAUCUCGCUGUCAUGUAAUGCUAUCUCACCUUGCUCAGAUAUGGACGAUGCUUGUCAUUCUGGCAAAGAUGCUGUACCAGCUGAGAUUGGUCAAAACUGAUUACUGGUUAUCAAACUGCACCUAUCUUGGUGAUGUUAUCAGUAACACAACAGGGGGAUAUAAUUUUACAAACUUGAAUAUGACUGUAGAUUUUGGCAACCACAGUAACCUCCCUGUUGGGAAUAACAGUAAUGACAAUGCAUUGUGGGUAGGACUUGCCAAAAUAGAUAAACUGGAUGUCAGCAUUGCGUAUUACAUCAGGUUAUUCCUCCUGAUUCUGAUAGUGAUUGCGUUUGAGAGCAUCGUGAAAUACCGUCAGACCCAGCACUAUAACCGACUGCACACCGAACGGCCAAAACCAGGUAUCAUCUUCCCACAGAUCAAGAGACCAGAGGCGGACAAGAAUAUCACAUCAUGCCUGCAGUUCUUUGCCAACUACUUCUUCUACAAGUUUGGUCUGGAGAUGUGUUACAUCAUGACUGCCAUUACCAUCUGUGUGAGAGUAGAUGUCUAUGCAGUUCUGUAUGCUAUUUUCCUCGGCAUCCUGCUACUGCUGAGUCGACGUAACAACGCUCGCAUCUGGCCCAUCUACACCAUCGUCCUCACAGUGCUGCUACCCAUCCAGUACAUGUCGUGCGUUGGCUUGCCUUUUGCACUCUGUUUUGAGUAUCCAUGGAGCUACACUACUGACAUCGGCAAGAAUCUGGAACAGUGGCUGUUCUUGCCAGCGUAUCAGGAAGGACCUCACGCCAGCAAACUGAUAGCGGACUUUUUACAAUUAUUGUUUGUUUGUCUGCAAUGGCGUGUGUUCCGCAUUGAACUGAGCUCUAAAAUGGAAGAGUAUGGAGGGGGAGAUAACCAUGACAUACUUCCUGAAGUAGAAGCCAACACACCAAUCCCAGUGGCUGACUUCACAACAACGAGAACGUCAUACCUGGAUGUGGUCAAAUAUGCCGUCUUUAUGUACUUGUUCUGGGUGACGCUGGCCAUUAUUUUCAUAACAGGUCUGACUCGGGUCAAUCUGUUUAGUAUGGGAUACGUCAUCAGCGUCUUCUGCUUCAUGUGGCAUGGACAAGAGUUCCUGCUGAAACCACUUUACAAGCUGCGCAGGAUGUGGUCCUUCCUGAUUGCAUACACAUUCUUGGUGCUCUUCACAAAAGCUUGUUUACAGCUUGUUGGUUGUGUUUACAUCAAGCACUUGUCGAAAGGCCAUUGCUGGUUGAUUCAACUGCUUGGCAUUGACUGUCUCUCAUCAAUCAUCAAAGUGCCUGCAAGUUUGUGUGUAGUAGAACCGGAUAACACCGGAUUAAAGUGGGACGUGAUCUGCUUCGUAUUUUUACUGCUACAGGGUCGCUUAUACAGCAGUCACUACUUCCGGCAUGUUGUCAUCGACCUGGAGGCUGAGAACGGACUCGCAUCCAGAAGAGCGAAGCUGAUAAACCGAAUCAACAAGGGAGAAGUGGAACAGCAGAAGGAAAAGGAGAACAAGAUCUUGAAGGGUAUCAAGAAGAAGAUGUCUGCUCUACAAGCCAAGCAGGCCAAGUUGAAGAAGAACUUUGUCGAGCCAGAAGAUCACUAUAUAGCUAUCCGGUCCGGCGACUACUACUUGUUUGAGGAUGAUUCUGAUGAAGAGGAAGAGGGUGUACCUGACAGUCUGACUUUUGGCACAGAUACUGACGUGGACAAAGAGAAGAAACUCGGACCAUUACAGAUAAUCUCCACUGCUGUUGAUUCAGGAACUGACGCAGCUGAUGAGAAAGCCAAGAGCACUGAGGCUCUAAAUCAAGAAGCUGAUGGAACUACACCUAGCAGCCCAAAAGCCGGAACUAGCACAGUGCCCUCUGGUGGUGAUGAUGAUCAACAAGUGGGUGAUGUAGAGCUUCCAGCUGAAAAUAAAGUUAAGAGAAUUCUGAUAUUCAUUGGGACGUUUCUUGCCAGCAUUGUUGACUGGUUCAUCCGCCUGUUCAACCGGAUCUCGAGGAACUACCGCAUCGUCGCCCAUCAACUGGAAAAAGAGAUGAAAGUUGAGAAGGAGAAAAUUCAGGAGGAAAAACGAAUAGUAGCCAUGAAGCAACAUGCGGACACUUCAUCAGAUGAAGACAAAGAUGCUGCUGCAACGGGUGAAUUAUUGGAAGUAACUGUAAUACCAGCAGCAACACCUUCCCAUGCUGAAAGUACUUUCACGUUAGACUCGAUGGAUGAAGAGGAAGAGGAGAAGAAGUUUGAGAAGAGUCGCCCGCGACUCUACCGUCUGCUCGUGGCCACGUACUACAUGCUGGUGUCGCGGUCCGAGCUGCUCUGUUACUUCCUGAUGAUCCUCAACCAGAUGAUGUACUGCAGCCUGCUCUCCCUGCCCCUGCCCCUCAUGGUCUUCCUCUGGGGCAUGCUGUCUCUGCCACGCCCGUCGAAAACAUUCUGGAUAACAGUUAUAACUUACGUAGAGGCAAUUGUGGUCACCAAGUACAUGUUCCAGUUCAGUUUCUUCCCGUGGAAUGAUGACAGCACCCACUUGAGCCCGUUCUGGCCACCGAAAAUCAUCGGGAUUGAGAAAAACAACAACUAUGCCUCAGCGGACCUCGUUCUGUUGCUUGUGAUGUUCAUUCACAGAUCAAUCCUCAAGAGGUAUGGUUUGUGGCGAGAUGAUGCUGACAUAUCAGCAGACAUGGCCAAGGCAGAAUUGAAGGAACUCAAUCCACCCUGUUCACCCCAGCCAGCUGCUGCUGAGCCUGAUGCUGAAAUGAAAUUGAAGUCUUUGGAUGAAGCCGAAUCUGGCAGCAUGGACAUAACAUCAGGAUCAGUUCAGGAAGAAAAAGAAGGAGGUGAAAAACCACCUGGAAAGCUCAAAGCUGGAUUAAAGAAGUGUGUGAAGCCAUUCCAGGAUUUCUUCUUCCAAGUAACACAGUCAUCGUACAAUGCCACAGUGGAUGUGUACGCACCGAUGUUUGGAUGCGACUUCAUCAACUUUCUCAUCGUCGUCUUUGGAUAUUGGGCAUUUGGACCAGCAGUAAGUAAACACAGUGAUAUCAUUAACAAUAGAAGUAACAGGUGAAAAAUUCCGGUUCCAUUCCUCAUUAUGUUGAUCGCUCAGUUUGUGCUGAUCAUCAUAGACCGUGCAUUGUUUCUCCGUAAGAACGUCGUCGGAAAAUUCAUCUUCCAAAUCUUCCUCGUUAUUGUCGUUCACCUGUGGAUGUUUUUUUUCCUGCCAGCAUUCACCGACGAGAGUUUCAAUCACAAUGUUCCUGCCAUGUUGUGGUAUUUCAUCAAGUGUGUUUACUUCGGACUUUCUGCGUAUCAGAUUCGCUGUGGAUAUCCAAACAGGAUUCUUGGCAAUUUCCUUACCAAGAAAUACAACUACCUCAAUCUGAUCCUUUUCAAAGGAUUCUUGGCUAUUCCAUUCUUGUUGGAGUUGCGGGCCCUGAUGGAUUGGAUUUGGACGGACACCACACUGGCUCUCGGGUCCUGGCUCCAGAUGGAAGACAUCUAUGCAAACAUCUUUGUUCUCAAGUGCUUUCGACGAGCUGAAGCAACGUAUCCGACUCCGCGAGGGAUGCGGAGGAAGACUGUCGUCAAGUACGGGAUGGGAGGUCUGCUGCUGCUGGUCAUCAUCUUCAUUAUCUGGUUCCCCCUCGUGCUCUUCUCGUUCGCCAACACUGUUUUCCAGCAGAAUCCGCCGUUCGACGCCACUGUGAGCAUCACCUUGGGUGGCUACCAGCCGCUGUUCAAGAUGGCCGUCCAGAAGGACAGUAUGCACGAACUGACGGGUGCCGAGUACAACAAGCUGAAGAACCACUUCAGAACGGAUAAGGGUGCUACUGGGUUUAUUUCUAACUACGAAGCUGAGGACAUCACUCGGAUCACAUUUAAUGGCAAGUCAACAUCGCUGUGGGGUAUCAGUCCACCAAGUCAGAAGAAACUCAUACAAGAUCUUAACUCAAAUAUCAGUCUACCCAUGGAGUUCCUUAUUUCAUUCAACAGGGAACCCACAAAAGACCAGUCUGAGUCUAUUAGUAAUGAAUUUGUCAUUUACCUUCCUCAUGACAAACAGAAGGAAUUGGCAAAGAUUAUCAAUAGAACAGCAUCAGGGCAAGAUCAUGUAAACAUUACAAGACUGUUUCCUCGAUUCAUACGUCUGGGUUUAAAAGGUCGAGCAAAGGCAGUUACAGCUCUCUUAAACAGCCCAAAAGGUAGAGGCAAUAGUAACAUAUCUAUGAGUUUGGACACUGCCAAUCAGUCGACAUUUGUUGAGUGGUGGAAAGUGCGCGAGAUUGUGCAGGGAGAUAUUUUGGCACCGGACAGCUCAAAAGCGCACUUUGAAGAUAACCUGUCAGUUAUUACCUUCAAUGACAGGAAAGCUCCAGCUGGUUUCUCUUUCAUAACAGGUUAUGGCAUCAUAGGCCUGUACGUGUCAUUCAUCCUCCUGAUUGGUCGAAUCCUACGUCUAUCAACAACCGGCCAGUACCUGACAAUAAUGUUUGUUCAGUUGCCAAACGUUGAUCGUGUCUUGCGUCUUUGCUUAGACAUCUAUCUUGUACGAGAAAUGAAGGAGUUUGCUCUUGAGGAAGACCUGUAUGCCAAAUUACUGUUCUUCUAUCGAUCACCCGAAACCAUGAUCAAGUGGACAAAGAAGAAAAGACUACAGAUCAUGAUUAAUUAUUUAGUGUCUUCAUUACCACUGUUUUUUUGUUGCAGCAUAAUUGGUUUGUAUAUUUCACUGGUCAUGGUAGCAGGACGAUUUAUCCGGGUCACUUUUUUCACUGGCUCUUCAUACCGGAUUAUGUUUGAGGAACUUCCUGUGGUAGACAAAGUUCUACAACUUUGUCUCGACAUCUACAUGGUAAGGGAGAGUGGAGACUUGCGCUUGGAAGAGGAUCUAUUCUCCAGGCUCAUCUUCUUGUAUCGGUCGCCAGAGACUCUUUUCAAGUGGACUAAGCGCAAGCACAGAUAGUGGGAAAUAGACUGUGCUGAACUUUGUUUUGUAGAAAAAUACAAUGUAUUUAAAUAAAUGAUGAUUACACGUUGAUUUGUGUAGGAAAUUUAGUUUUAUAAUCCCACCUAGAUUGUUGGCAUUUGUUAAAAAAUGCAGCGCUUUAUACAGGUAAAUAAAACUGCAUAGUCCUUUCUAGGUUAGUGUUCCACCAUUUAAACUAUGUAUCUUAUAACUGACAUUGUUACAUAUUUGAAAUCUGAAUCAGAAUUUAAAUAAAUAUGAAUCGGUGUUUAAAAGAAAUAUGAACCUGGAUAUGAAUUGUUUUAAUUAAAAUUUAAAUUGAUAUGAAUAAGAAUUUAAAGUAUGGCUAUUUAAGAAUUGUUUCAUUUACACUUGUUAUGAAAUGAGAAGAAAUGAAAAUUUAGUUUACAUUGCUGUAAUAAUGUAUAAACAUUAUCAGAUAAAACUUACUGUUAUACUGAAAGUAUUAUGUACAUUUUGCUGAACAAAAUGUAUUUGAUUUUUAAAUUCAUAAAACUCCUUUUUAUUAGUUUAAAAAAAAUUAAAAAUUGUGAAAUUUUAAUUCUAUUUUAAUUAGUUAAUUGUUAUCAGGCCUGUUUUGUUUACUGUAAUAACAAAAUACCGUAUCCGUUAGUACCUUGUUAGAAACUUAUACGCACAAAGCCUAGUUUCAACAUGUGAAAAUUAAACCUGUAACAUGUCUGGAUAAAGUUAUAAUAGUGAAAUUAAAGUCUGUGAUUUUAAAAUAGGAUAAUAGCAUCUAAAAAUAGACUAGAGUUGAGCUCGAUUACCAUUAUUUCCCAUUAUUAAAUAAUGAAAAGUGAAUUUCAUGGUAUUACAAACACCAGGAAGACCAGAAACACUUCAGUGGUAUGAACAUUAAUAUUCUAAACAAUAAAAUGAAAGUAACUUUUAAUUUAAAUUAUAAAAAUUGUAAAAAAAACAAAACCAAAAAACAAACAUAUCGUAGUGUUUAAAAACUAGGGUCUGCCACUUUUUAAAUAUUUUUUAGCAUAUACAUGUAAUUUUUUAGCUUAAUAUUGGCAAUUAUAUAGCAUACAAUAUUUAAUAAAUUUAUUUAUUGAUCUAAAUAUUUAUUUGAAUCUUAUUAAACCUAUUUUCUCUCCAGUAAAUUGUUUUGACACUGCUGAAUUUUUAAAUUUUAGAAACAAAUUCUGUUAGAUAUUUCUAUGAAUUGCUUUACUAUAUUUAGGCUAAAUUUACUGUUAAAUGUUGACAAUCUGUAACAUUAGUAGCAUUAAAAUAGAUGGAUAUUGAAAUGUUUUAUACUUAUUAACUAAAAUCAGAAUGAUAAACCUGUUUGUUGUACAAAAUACAUGUCAAGUUGUUCGAGAAAUGUGAAUAUCAGUAAUAGGCAGCUUAAUUUUUGUAAUUUCCACUUGAUAUUUAUUAACAGGGUUGGAUUGGUAAAUAUUCUUUAUUGUGGCUGUAGUCUAUGUGCUGUACUUUGUUAAGCAGUGAUACUGAAAUGUUUAGUUAAUUAUACUUACCGUAACUAUAAUGUGUGAAAUUUAAGUGUUUUUUUCAACUGUUUGAAUAUAAAACAAAAAUCUUCUACAAUCUCACGUUUUGUCUGCAUUAAUAACAUAUAGUAGGCCAUGUGAUUAGUGGUUCAGAAAAAUAAUGCUUUAAUUAAUUAAUUGAACAAUGUUUACAAUAAAAUAAAUUCAUUAUUUUAUUUUAUUUUUUUCUAAUUUACAUUGUAGAUUUACUUUAAUUUGAAUAAGUGUAAUAUAUUGUGCAGCACACAAGCUACAACCUCUACUCACUGUAAAAAAAAUCAUCAUCAUUUUCAUAUACAUGUAUUUUAUGUGUCAUAUCAUCCAAAGUAAAUUCAUGCUAUUUUUCUAAAUCCUUUUUUUCUUUCUUUUUUUUUUUUGGCUUGUAAUAAUAUGCUAGUCAUAUAUACAUAUAUAUAUGUUGUGAAUGUAAAUGUGUAAGCUUUAUAUUUAAAGCUAUAUGUAUAUCUGUGUAAUAAACUCAGUUUUAGUGCAUUUUAUCUGGUUAGACCAAGUACGGUAAAUGUGCCUGCAAUUUAAGAGGCAAGUUUCAGAUUUUAAAAAGACAUCACAAUCAAAACCAACAUAUUUAAUAAUUAUUGAAGUAUUUUGCUGUAUUUUUGUGGGAGGGGGGUCUACUUCUUUUUCUUUUUGUGACAUAAAAAGCAAUCGUUGAUAGGACAGGUCCAAUGUUUAUUGGGAUGAGGAGGCAACUUGCAAUACACCACAAGUGCUUUUCAUUUGUGCAAUAACAUUGUCAAUAGCUAUACUACUCUCAUUAGUGUAUAAUAAAACCAUCAUGUAUUAUCCAUGUCAUUGUCUAGUUCGUUUAUGUAGUAUUACUGUAUCAUUAGGGCUAAUGUUAUGGAUUUGACAACUGAAACUGCAGUAAAUGUUUUAUAGAAGUUAUAUAAUGAAUUUUGCUUUUGAUUAUACUUUUUAAAAUUAUUAUUUAGAUCAAGUUAAGCUUUUGUGCAGAGUUACUGUUUUGAACACGGAUAAAGGUGGUUUUGUCAUUCAGAUUCGAAUUGUUUAUUUUACAGCCUGUUGCAAAUGUAUACCAUAUCUUGUACAUCAAUUUACAACAUUAAUCACAUAUCCAUGGCAAUGUUGUUCUUUUAGUUUUAUAUACUGAACUAAAUAAGAACUUGACACCUUUUUAAAUACAGUUCUAACAAGUAAUUGAGGGGAUGAUUGUAUAUUGUACUUUUAAACAUUUUAAAGGAUGGUGACUGAAAAUGUCACGGGAAGAAUCAAAAUUACAUUUCCAUGUAUGAUAUUAUUGAAUGGUUUGUAGAUCUACCCUUCUCUUGAAUCAUUGUAAACAUUUUGAGGUGGCAAUUAUUUUUUGUUUAAAUUACAAGUACCGGUAGAACUAGAUGUCAUAAGUAGGUUUUUUCUACACAUGAAAUUGCAUGAGAGGUCCCUGACUGACCUUGGACAAUCAAAUACCACAAUUGUAUUGUCUACUGCAUCCAAAUACUGGCAACCUCUUGUUCCAGACUGUUCAGUUUCUUACUUGGUUCACUAUAUAUGUACUAGUUUGCUUUGUCUAGUAUUUACUUUCAGGUGAAUUUGUGAGCAUUCAUAUCUUGUACAAAGAUAAAUAGCUUAUGUGAGAUGUAAUGAGUCAUAGUCAUACCCUAAAGACUAUCUCAGGUCAGCCUUGCGAUUACACAGAUCAGUCACCAUCUGUAACAAGACUAGUCAACGAUCCAGUGUGAUCCGAUUGCUCUUGUGAUGGUGUUAAAACUAUCGGUAUCAGUCGGUGUUAAACAAAAAAAUCAUUUGUCAAGAUUGCAACAUUUUGAACUUAUGUAAAGCCACAAAACAGGUCUGUUUGCAAAUUUUACAAGUUGCACAAUCUUCAUUCGAUUUCCUCCAUUUGUGACCUGAGUGGGAUUUUUUUUUGGUUUUUGGUUUGUGGGGGUGGUGGGUGUGAUCUCAAUCUUUUGGAUAUGUGUAAUCUCAAGGUCAAACUGAGCUGGUGUUUAGUGGAUAGAACUACUUAGAUUUGUCCUGUUCCAAUCAGUUACCCACAACUGAUACAUCAAAGAGCAAAAAUAUGCCUACAUUGACUAUGGGAAAAAGGCCCCUAAGAGAUUCCUAACUGCUAAAUAUUAACUAUAGCAUAUGCGACUGAAGCAGAUUUCGUCUGCGACUUUUAGACCAAGUGCCACAAUUACCAUAUGUUAGAUAGUUAAUAGCCAUAGUUUAAAAUGUGAUGGGAUGUCAUUAAGCAAACAUUUAUUUUCCGUUUCACUGAUCUUAAAAGUGAUGCUACUCAAUAUGGAUAUCUCUCAUAGGAGAAUAGCAUUACAAUUUCAAUGGUUGCUGUGCAAUCGGUUAUUCUUGAGGCUAUUCUAAUAUUGUGGUGUUGCCGUCAUAAGCUGGGUUGGAGCUUAGCUCAGUCAGUAGAGAACUAUCCUGAGGUGUUCGGGUUGUAGGAUAGAAUCUCUUUGGAGGACCCAUUGGGUUUCCAUGACCCAUAACUGUUGUAUCAAAGGUCAUGAUAUGUACUGUUCUAUCUGUGGGAAAGUGCAUAUAAUAGAUCUCUUGCUGCUAAUGGAAAAUAUGUAGUGGGUUUCCUCUGAGAUUACAUGUAUAUGUCAGAAUUAUUAAAUGUUUGACAUUCACAAAUGAGUGUAGUGGUGUCAUUAAAACAAACUUUAACCACUAUGCCUCUCAAAUAAAAACAGCAAGAAGACUGAAACGUUUCUUCAGAUGCAGUUUUAAGCAUCCAAAUGUACAGGAGGAGUUUGAUGCUGCCUUUACUCAAGAAUCUUUGUUCUACAUUCCACCAGUAGUUCCACUGAAAAUCAGUUUUCUGUAUCCUUAUUGGCAUCCUUAAAACAGGAUGGCAUGUAGCUCAAUGGUGGGGCACUUGCUUGAGGUUUGAUUGGUUGUAGGACGGCUUGUCCUCAAUGUAUUCAAUCUUUUCCCUGUCUCAAACAGUGCCCACAUCUGGUAUAUCAAAGGCUGUACUUCCUAUAUAUAGGAAAAUGCAUAUAACAGAUCCCUUGCUUUUUUUUUCCUUUUGGAGUAGCCUAUCUGAUGGUUGAGGGUUUCCUGUCUCAUUCUGAACAAGUAUCAAAAUAACCAUGUUGGACACCAGAUAGCAAUAUUUCAAACUGUGCUGAGGUGUUAAACACAUAAACCUUUCUUUCCUUUCCCUUUAAAACACUUUUAGUUUUUGUCAUUUUUGUACAGAGAUGAAUCACAAAUAUUGGGGUAUGACUUGCUUUGUUUGAAGGUCUAGUAAACUUGGGUUUAGAAAACUGCAGUAUUCUUGUCUUGUAGCUAUGAUUGAAGUAAUGUUUUGUCCGUUUUCAUUGUUUAAUGUGCUUGGUGCUGUAGAACAGUAGAUGUUAGAAGCUGUAGAGGGUAAUAAAAUGUUUUCAUAUA